AUGGCCACGACUGAACUUCCCCUCCGCCCCGCGGCAACCUCUGCCGAUGCCGCCUCGGCCGCGGAAACUCCCAGCCCUCUCCCCGUUGACAAGCUCGAGUCCUUCCCCAACUGCUACCCCGCCGUGAACCCCUUCGACGUCUACCGCUCGCACCUGACGACGCUGCUCCAUGAAGUGACGGGCGUUGAUAAGGCCAUCAUAUACCCCGCGCUGCAAUGGACGCAGUCGAGCGACAAGGGAGACUUGAUUCUCGCUGCGCCGGCCCUGAGGAUCAAGGGCAAGAAGCCCGCUGAGUUGGCGGAGGAGUGGGUUGCCAAGUUCCCCGAGUCUCCUCUUGUCAACAAGCCCGUCGCCGCUGGUCACUUCAUCCAAUUUUGGUUCAAACCCGAGCCUCUCACGAAGCUCCUCCUACCCAUGAUCCAGAAGCGUGGCCCCAAGUACGGAACGAACGCGGCCUUUGGCCUCAAGGACCCCAGCGACCCCUCCAAGGGCACCAAGCGAGUAAUCAUCGAGUUCUCCUCUCCCAAUAUCGCGAAGCCUUUCCACGCCGGCCACUUGCGAAGCACAAUCAUCGGCGGUUUCCUAGCGAACUUGUACGAGGGCGCCGGCUGGGACGUCGUGAGGAUCAACUACCUCGGCGACUGGGGAAAGCAGUACGGCCUGUUGGCGCUGGGCUUCGAAAAGUACGGAAACGAGGAGGCGCUGACGGCGGAUCCCAUUAACCAUCUUUAUGAAAUCUACGUCAAGAUUAGCAAGGACCAGGCUGAGGAGAAGGAGAAGAUGGAUGCAUUGACGGCGAGCGGAGACACCGCGGCCGCCGAGGACCUCAAGAACAACGGUGUCGACGAGCGGGCCCGACAGUACUUCAAGAGGAUGGUCGACGGUGACGAGCAGGCUCUGGGACAGUGGAGGAGGUUCCGUUCUCUCAGCAUCACGCGAUACCAGGACACGUACGCUCGUCUCAACAUCCACUUCGACGACUACUCGGGUGAGAGCCAGGUGCCCGAGGCCGCCAUGGCCAACGCCGCCCAGGUUCUCGCCGACAAGAAGAUCUCCGAGGACUCGGACGGCGCCGUGCUCAUCGACUUUUCCAAGCACGUGGCCGGCAAGGCUGGCAAGAGUCUGGAGAAGGCCGUCAUUCGCAAGAAGGACGGCACGGCCCUGUACCUCACCCGAGAUAUUAGUGAGCUGCUCAUCCGACAUGAAAAGUACAAGUUCGACCACAUGAUCUACGUCGUCGCCAGCGCGCAGGAUCUCCACCUGAAGCAGCUGUUCAAGAUUAUUGAGCUCAUGGGACACACCGAGAUUGCGAAGAAGGUUCAGCACGUCAACUUUGGUCUCGUGCUUGGUAUGAGUACCCGAAGGGGUACCGUCAAGUUCUUGGACGACAUUCUCAAGGACGUCGGUGCACAUAUGCAUGAGGUGAUGAAGAAGAACGAGACCAAAUAUGCGCAGGUCGAGAAUCCUGAUGCUGUUGCGGAUAUUCUUGGUAUCAGCAGUGUCAUGGUCCAGGACAUGACCGGCAAGAGGAUCAACAACUACACUUUCAACAUGGAUGCCAUGACCUCCUUCGAGGGCGACACCGGUCCCUACCUCCAAUAUGCCCACGCCCGCCUCUGCUCCAUCUCCCGCAAGGCAGGCUUCACACCCGAGGAAAUUGCCACCGCGAACCUCGACCUCCUCACCGAACCCCACGCCGUCAAUCUCAUCCGCUUCCUGGCGCAGUACCCCGACGUGGUGACCAACACGCUCAAGACGCUCGAGCCCACGACGAUACUGGUGUACCUGUUCAAGAUGACGCACGUGCUCAGCUCGAGCUACGAGCAUUUGCAGGUCGUGGGCAGUGAGAAAGAGGUGGGCAAAGCGAGGGCGGCACUUUAUGAGGGGGCGAGGCAGGUACUUAAUAAUGGUAUGAGGGUGUUGGGGUUGUCGCCUGUUGAGAGGAUGUAA